UUUAACAAUAAUGCUCAGAACGUCAGUUGCUUUAAUCAUCUUGUCCAAGCUAAUGUGAGGAACAAGAAGAAGCUGAAAGAAGCUGUCUAUAAAAUCUCUGCUAAAGGAAUUACGGAUUACAAAAAAGGCUUUAGCUAUGCUUUUGAGCAGCUGCUAAAUCACAGUGUCUCUAGAGCUAACUGCAAUAAGAUUAUUAUGUUGUUUACGGAUGGUGGUGAAGAAAGGGCACAAGAAAUUUUCCAUAAAUAUAAUGAAGACAAAAAAGUACGUGUAUUCACAUUUUCUGUUGGUCAACAUAAUUAUGACAAAGGACCCAUACAGUGGAUGGCCUGUGAAAAUAAAGGUUAUUAUUAUGAAAUUCCAUCCAUUGGAGCCAUAAGAAUUAACACCCAGGAAUAUCUGGAUGUUUUGGGAAGACCAAUGGUUUUAGCUGGAGAGAAAGCCAAACAAGUCCAAUGGACAAAUGUCUAUCUGGAUGCUCUGGAGCUGGGCCUCGUGAUUACAGGAACUCUACCUGUCUUCAAUCUAACAAAGGGACAAAAUGAGAAAAUAAAUCAGCUGAUUCUUGGAGUAAUGGGGGUUGAUGUCUCUUUGGAGGACAUAAAAAAACUGACACCCCGAUUUACGCUUUGUCCAAAUGGAUACUAUUUUGCAAUUGAUCCUAAUGGGUAUGUGCUACUUCAUCCAAAUCUCCAACCAAAGCAAAUUGGUGUGGGCAUACCAAAAGUUAAACUGAGAAAAAGGAGACCCAAUGUACAGAAUCCUAAAUCCCAGGAGCCUGUUACGCUGGAUUUUCUAGAUGCUGAAUUGGAAAACGAUAUUAAAGUUGAGAUUCGGAAAAAAAUGAUAGACGGUGAAAGUGGAGAAAAAACAUUUGAAACACUGGUCAAGUCCCAAGAUGAGAGAUAUAUUGAUAAAGGAAACAGAACAUAUACAUGGACUGCAGUGAAUGGCACUGAUUACAGUUUGGCAUUGGUGUUACCAUCAUACAGCUUUUAUUAUAUUAAAGCCAAAAUAGAAGAACCAAUAACUCAAGCCAGAUAUUCAGAAACACUGAAGCUUGAUCAUUUUGAUGAAGCUGGCUAUACGUUUAUAGCACCAAGGGAAUAUUGUAAUGAUGUAAAAAAAUCAGAAAACAACACAGAAUUUCUAAUAAAUUUCAAUGAAUUUAUUGAUAGAAAUACUCCAAGCAGUCCGUCAUGUAAUACUGAUAUGGUCAUUAGAGUUUUGCUGGACGCAGGAUUUACAAAUGAGCUUGCCCAAAAUUAUUGGAGUAAACUGUCUCUUGAUGGAGUUGUUGCACAAUUUGUUGUUACAGACGGUGGAAUUACUAGAGUGUUCCCAAAAAGGGCAGGAGAAGAUUGGUUGGAAAAUGCUGAAACUUAUGAAGUCAGCUUCUAUAAACGAAGUUUAGAUAAUGACAACUAUAUUUUCACAGCUCCGUACUACAACAAAAGUGGUGCCAAUAGCUAUGAAUCAGGUAUUAUGGUAAGCAAGGCUGUGGAAAUAACAAUUAAUGGGAAGCUUCUGAAACCAGCAGUUGUUGGAAUAAAAAUUGACGCAAGCAGCUGGAUGAAAAAUUUCACAAACACCACAAUCAAGAGCCUGUGCAACAGUGAAAUCUGUGGCUGUGAGAGAAACAGUAUGCAUGUGGACUGUGUUAUCCUUGACGAUGGUGGAUUUCUUUUGAUGUCAAAUCGGGAUGAAUAUACACAACAGAUUGGAAGAUUCUUUGGUGAAAUUGAUCCUGGCCUGAUGCGAAACCUGAUUAACAUGUCCCUGUAUGCCUUUAACAAGUCGUAUGACUACCAAUCGGUCUGUGAUCCUGAAGAAGAACCAAAGCAAGGAGCUGGACUUCGUUCUGCUUACGUGCCUACGAUAACAGAUAUUUUGCACCUAGGAUGGUGGGCUUCAGCAGCUGCCUGGUCUAUCUUACAGCAGCUGUUUUUGAGCUUGACUUUUCCACGUUUUCUUGAGGCAGCUGAUAUGGAAGAUGAUGAUUUUGGUGCUGCCCUGCCUAAAACAAGCUGUAUCACUGAGCAAACUCAGUAUUUCUUUGAAAAUGAUGAUAAAUCUUUUGGUGGGAUUGUAGACUGUAUAAACUGCUCCAGACUUUAUCAUGCAGAGAAGAUUUCAAACACCAAUCUGGUAUUCAUUAUUAGUGACAGCCAACUGCUGUGUCGCUCCUGUGACCCAAAGCCACUGAUGCAAGCAGAGAAGCCGGAUGAGGGGCCAAAUCCCUGUGAAAUGGUCAAACAGCCUAGAUACAGAAAAGGUCCUGAUGUCUGUUUUGAUGAAGCGAAACAGGAAGAUUCGGCCGACUGCGGUGGUGUCUCUGGUCUGAGUCCAUCACUGUGGUCUAUGGUAGGAAUUCAGUUGGUCCUGCUUUGGCUGCUGUCUGGCAGCAGACACUACCAGUUAUGACCUUGUUAAACCAAAACCUGCAUAACUUAAUCAAGACCCGGCCAAAACGAUAGCCUCAGUUUCAUUUUCAAAAGGGUCAGCUAUUCAGACAGCAGCAGAACAGCAGUGCUCAUGUCUGGUUAUCACUCGUUGUGAGACUCGUAAAGGCACCCAUGGUGGCUGCAUGUUGGAGUGUCGGAUCCUUAAACGUGUGUGAAUGCUGCAUCAUCUAUGCCAUCCGAACAGAAUUCUGUGUCUGCUCCACUGGGAAAUAAAAAAAAAAAAAAAAAGAUUUUUUUUUUCCAUUUGUUUGCUGUUGUAAUCUUGACGACUUCAUGUAAAAGGGCUCCCCUGACAAUAGCUUAUGUAUAUGAUUUUAAUUUCUUUUAAGCUUUGGAUAUCUUGAAGAUUUAUAUUCUUUUACAUGAACAGUUAUUAAAAA